AUGGCCUCAGCCUCAGCAGCCGAUGAAUUAUUCUCCGACGACUCAAGUUUCUACGGCGACGAGACCGUAAAAAAGCAACUCGAAGCCCAAGCUGCGGCAUAUGACCCAGAGCCAUUCUGGGUACAAACCCAUGAAAUCAUGCUAGCAACAAUCCAGAACAACCUGCGCAAUCCCCGCGGGCCUUGCAGGGACGAUUCAUCGGACGUCUCGAUGAGAGAUGCAUCCCCAGAACCGGCUACUGGACAUUGCAAUCAGCGCGGGAAGACCGAGCCCGUGGAGCGAUUCUUAUUGCGGCUUCCGCCAUCCACGACCAAGGUUGCUGACGUAGGUCCCUGGAUUUGGAUGUUUAAUCCGCAUGGCUCGUCGCGGCGAAGCGGGGAUAUACCCACUCUUCUCAGGAAAGGCAGAGAGCUUCUGCUGCAGUAUGAGCAUGAGAGUGUGGUAUUGCGCAAGGCGCAUGAUGAGUCGGGGGCGAAGACGACGGCGCCUUUGACGCGCAAGUUGAAUCCCAUGCGGAAAGAACUGGAGAGGAAUAUUCUUGAUCUAGGGAGGGAGACUGGUGUUACGGAUGGGAAGUGGAUGCUGUUUCCUACGGUUGAUCAUGUGGACGAGGUUUGGAGUACGGUGGUCAAGGCUAUGGAGAAGGGGGAGCUUGGGGAGGCGGCGAAAGUUGCUACUGCUGAUGGAUCUGGGAAUGGGCAGUCGCGGUUGAUUUGCAUUUAUACGUCUGACUUCGGGGAUACUGGGGAUGUUAAGCGGGUGUUGUGUAAGUUGGUUGAUCUUGGGCUCGUUGGGAGGGGUUCUCGGGGGAUUUACUACAAGUGUGAUGCUUUCACUUGUCUUGAGAUCAACUCCAAGAAUGAGUAUGGGCUGAAAGCGAGCAUGUUUUCUAGUCAAGAGGUGCUUGGUUGGAAGUGA